AAUCAGGAAGCUAUUAAGUAUUUCUGUAAGUCCACACGACCACAGGAAGAUGUCAGCAAAAGAAGAGAGGCAGUUUUAAACACAAAUCAGAGCCGACAGAACACAUCAAUAUGGAGAAAGCUUCAGAGCUGUUUGGAAGGAAGAGUGUCAUCUUUGUGGUUGUGGCCAUCCUCCAAAUAACAAAACAUGCCUCAGCUCAAAAUACCACACCCCCCUCUUCCAGCACCACAGUCCCCCUCUCCACCUCCCUAUCAGCUUCUGUCCCACCCUCGACUUCAUCUCCAGGGCCUGACCCUGGCCCGUCCCAAAGCUACCUCACUUUGCCCUCAAACGUGAGAGCAGGACUGGGCAAUCUGGCACAGUUCAGUUGCGGAGUCCCCAUAAGCUCCAAGGGUCUCACCUUCACUUUCUAUGGAAGUGCUCAUAACUACACCAUUAGCUGCCCCGGCGGACACAUCGAGGACAUACCACAGGCACUUGAGGGGUAUUGUUUGGUGCGUUCGAAAGAGCUACUCGCUGGGUGGGUCCUAAAAGGAGCAUCUUUACCAGACAAUGGUACAAGGGUGGUAUGCCAAGGGAGAGGCUACCUGGCUACACGCUCUGCAUACUUGUAUGUAUAUGAUAAUGGCUCAGGAAAAGCUCUCUUGAUUGGAGUAGCUGUUGGACUGUUUUUCGGUGUAUUAACGGUGUUUGGUUUGUUAUACCUGAUGCUGACAAGAUCUGAAAGACUCCAGAUCUGCUUCAGAGCAAAAAGCAGCAGACCAGAAGAUCUAACAGAAAUUAUGGACAACAUUGAAGCCACUGCUACGCCCCCUAAGCCAACUCUUAAUGAGAAAAUGAGAGAUCUUUGAUGAGAUCUUUGUCCUUGUUCCUCGUUACGCCUGAUACUUUGCCUUCACUGACGAACCAAUAACAUCUAUUAAUGAAAUUUAAACUGUGAUCCUACUAAUUCAGAAAAGAUGAAGGGUUUCGGAGUUUUUUAGAUAUAUGCAUAAAGCACUGUUUUAUUCACAAAAAACUCAUACUUUAAACUCUUAUUACACUGUUUAUAUGAUAUAUAAAGAAUAUCAUAUGCUAAAGACCAUAUAAAAUACUGUAUAUCUGUGCUUCUUCAAGCUUUGUUAUUUUAUUUUAUUUUUAUUUUUUUUGUAUUUAAUGGACCUUGCUUACUCAUUCCGGCUAAUAAUUCAGUAUUACUCCCUCUAGUGGUCAAAACUUUGCACUUCACCAUUACACAGAUGGAAAAGAUCAUGUACACAGCUUAUGAUUGUGAACUGACACAUAGGCAUACACAAAUUAGUGACAAAUUUCAGCAACAGCAACAAAUUUUGGUCACUCAGUAAUAUAAUGUAUGUAAAUAUGGGCAAUACAUGAGUAAUACAGUAAGCAGUGGCAGAUGGGGACAUGUUACUUUGUUUUAAACUUUAAUCUAAAAAAUUGAUUAGGGAAAUAGGAUCAUUUACUUGACAAAAAGAACGUGUACUCUUACUUACAAGUAUUGUACAAGUAUUGUCUGAGCAGAG